AUGUUCCGCAGGGCACGCCUUAGCGUGAAGCCGAAUGUCAGGCCUGGUGUAGGCGCCAGGAGCUCCUCCGCUCCCAACCCCCAACGUGGACAAGAGGCUCCCAGGCCCCCGGAUCCUGCAGCCGCUUCUUCCCCGAAGCCAGCGGAGUCUACAGAUGUGCCCCCGGUGGAUUUCGGGGGAACGGAGCCGCAAGAAAAGCCUCCCAGGAGCAGUGAUGGAAAGACUGACAAUGAGAAUUAUGUUGAAGAAUCCAGUAAGUCUUCCUCUGCUGUUUCACAGAGAAGAAAACGAAUAUCAAGUACUACUCUGGUUAAGCCUGGUGUCAGUGUUCCUUCAGAAUCUCAUCCCUUAUCUACAGUUAAUCAAGAAGUUCCACAGCCAAAGCCUAUUUCAACAAAAGAGAAACAGCCAUGUUCAGACAGAUACCGAAUAUAUAAAGCCCAGAAACUAAGAGAAAUGUUAAAAGAAGAAUUGAGAAAAGAGAAGAAACAAUGGAAAAACAAAUAUGCCAUAAAUGAAAGUCAGAAGCCACCAGAUCGUUCAAAAAUGACUAUGAGAGAUUUCAUAUAUUACCUGCCAGAUAAUAAUCCAAUGACUUCUUCACUGGAACAAGAAAAGAAAACUGAAAAAUCAUUGACACCAGUCCAGACAAGAGAGCAAGAAGGUAAAAGUACUCCUGAUGCUGAAGGUCAUGAAGAAGUAGAAGAAGAAGUGGAUGACGGGCCAUUGCUGGUUCCUCGAGUAAAAGUGGCAGAAGAUGGUUCCAUUAUUUUGGAUGAAGAAAGUUUAACUGUAGAAGUUUUAAGGACAAAAGGCCCCUGUGUUGUUGAGGAAAAUGACCCCAUAUUUGAGCGUGGUUCUACAACUACAUAUUCCAGCUUUAGGAAAAACUAUUAUUCUAAACCAUGGUCAAAUAAAGAAACAGAUAUGUUUUUUUUAGCCAUCAGCAUGGUAGGAACUGACUUUUCUAUGAUUGGACAGCUUUUUCCUCACAGAGCAAGGAUAGAAAUUAAGAAUAAAUUUAAACGUGAAGAGAAAACAAAUGGAUGGAGAAUAGACAAAGCCUUCCAGGAAAAGCGCCCUUUUGACUUCGAUUUUUUUGCUCAUUUGCUUCAGAAAGUUCUUGCUGAAGAAGAGAAAAGAAAACAAAAAUCUGUUAAAAAUCAGAGUUCAAAGGAGAAGAAAUCUUCUAAACCACGGAAAAACGUAAAAGCAAAAAAAAUUGCCAGUGAAGGAGGAAAUGAUGAUCCAGAUGAGUCUCUGAGCAGCAAAAUUUCAGAUACAGAACAGUCUCAAAAGGAUGCUCAAACGGGUGAAGAAGAACAACAGUCUCAGACUUUAUCACAACAGGAAUCAGAACAGAUUGCAUUAGAAACAGACCUAAAUCAAAAGAAAAGAAGAAGAAAGAAUCAGGAUGAAACUGGUAAACAGGAAGUAAAGAAUCUUUCAGGAAAUGCCACUGUUCAGUUAGAUCAUUCUAAAGGAGAAAAAUACAUAAAUAACAGUCAGUCUUUAAGGCCUGAGAUGAAUGAAGAUGAAGGCAAUAAGGAACAGAAGCUUUCUUGCAUAGAAAAUAUAGAUGACAUUGUGGAUUUAUCCUCCAGUGAAAAAAUUGAGAAAAGAACUGAUCCUAUCCUUUUAUCGAGUGGUCAACAAGAUGCCACGCCAUUAGCAGCUGAGACUUCAGAAUCAAGCCCUUCAGAUUUGCCUUUAUCAGAAGUUGAAAUUAGCACACCAAGUGAGGUUAAUAAUGCUGAAAGUAGUUGUACAGAAGAAAGCAAUGUUGACCUAAGAAAUAAAUCAUUGGAAACUGAUCAAUCAGGAAGUGUUAAACUGAUGGCAAGAAGACAACUGCAGAGACCUAAACCCAAUUUGUCAAGGGCAGUUGGGAAGAAAUCUGUUCUUUCACAAGGUAAAACAGAUCCAGAAAGCAAGAGUUUACAUGCCGAAACUUCAGUGGAAAAGAAUCAAAUGGAAAAGGAUAAAGUGAAUACAUCUGACAUUGCUGGAAUGGAAUAUACAGAGAAAGUGAACCCAGAAACUGAGACUGUGUCUAAUUUGAGUGAAAAAAUUGGUGUUCAGGACGACGAUCAAGCAAAGGCUUUAAGACCAGCACGACUAAUGAGGGGCCGACUGCAAAGGCCAAAGCCAAAUAUAGGUAAAGCUGCUGAAAGAAAAGAAAUUCUUACAUCACAGGAAAAAAUUGGGGCCAAUGUAAAAAAGAAUGAAAGUGAAUCCUGUAUUGCUAGAGAUAGUCCUGAACAGGUAGAAGAUCAGUCAUGUAAAAAUUUUGAGUUUGAAGACAUCACGUCACAAUCUGAGAAAGAAGAUAAUUUUUUUCAAACGAAUGUUAGUGAGUGUCUAAGUAUUCAAGAGGAUAAUAAAGUCCCAGUUUUGAAAACUCGGUUACAGAAACCAAAGCCAAAUAUAGGAAGAAGAGCUAGAAGACGAGAAGUUUUCUCAAAGGAAGAGGUAUCAGAGGAGAUAGUUGCUUCGGGACAAUUGACAGCAGCUUUGGGAGAAAUUAAGAGAGUGGAAGAAACCUUACCAAGGGAGAAGAUACCACUGGAGGCUAAUAGUACUAAGGAAAUGGAGUCACAUUUUAAAAAAACUAGGAGAAGAGAUGUCUCUCCCAGAGAGCAGAUAGUAGAAACGAUUGACAACACUGUGGAAAUGGAGACAGAUUUGAAAGAAACUAGAGGAGAGAUUUCCUCAAGGGAGAAUAUAUCAGAGGUGUCUGAUGUCAUUGAGGAAAGAGUGACAGAUUUGAAAGAAACUGGAAGAGAGAUUUCCUCAAGGGAGAAUAUAUCAGAGGUGUCUGAUGUCACUGAGGAAAGAGUGACAGAUUUGAAAGAAACUGAAAGAGCAGUUUCCCCAAGGGAGAAUGUAUCAGAGAUGUCUGAUGUCACUGAGGAAAGAGUGACAGACUUGGAAGAAACUGGAAGAGAGGUUUCCCCAAGAGACACUAUAUCAGCGAUGUCUGAUGUCACUGAGGAAAGAGUCACAGACUUGGAAGAAACUGGAAGAGAGGUUUCUCCAAGGGAGAAUAUAUCAGAGGUGUCUGAUGUCACUGAGAAAAGAGUGACAGAUUUGAAAGAAACUGGAAGAGCGGUUUCCCCAAGAGACAGUAUAUCAGAGAUGUCUGAUGUCACUGACGAAAGAGUGACAGAUUUGGAAGAAACUGGAAGAGAAGUUUCCAUAAGGGACAUUAUAUCAGAGAUAUCUGAUGUCACUGAGGAAAGAAUGACAGAUUUGGAAGAAACUGGAAGAAGAGAAAUAUCCUUACAGGAAGAUGCCCCAGAGGAGGUCAGCACUACAGAUGAAGUAGAAACAGGUUUGGAAGAAACUGGAAGAGAGAUUUCUGUAAAGGAGAAUAUACCAGAGGUAAUUGAUGUCACUGAGGAGAGAGAGACAUCUGUGGAAGAAACUGAAAGAAGAGAAAUAGACACACAAGGAAAGGCCUUACAGGUCAAGACUGUAGGUGAAAUGGAGACAGAUUGGAAAGAAAUUGGAAAAGAAACUUCCCUGAGGGCAAAGGUACCUGUGGAGAUCAGUGCCUUAGGGGAGAGCGAGAUUGAUUUGGAAGAAACUGGAGAAAGAGAGCUUUCCCUGAUGGAGAACGUAUUAGGAAAGACAACUGCUAUUGAAGAAACAGAGGCAGAUAUGAAACAAAGUGGACGAGCAAUUUCCUUGAGGAAUCCCAGCUCAGAGAUUAGUGCUACUGAGGAAAUGGUUGCAGAUUUGGGAAAACCUAGAGAAAUGGACAUUUCCCUAAGGAAAUAUGAAGCAGAGGAGACCAGGACCUCAAGACAAAUGGAGACAGACUUAAUGCAGAGCAGUAGUGGUGGCUGUAGCACUGUGCCUUCACUAGAUACCAAAAACAUUAGCAGUGAAGUACUAUCCAUGGUACUUACACCUGAGGCAGAAAAAAGAAAUUCUGAAAAGGAACUAUCAGGUCACUUGAGUAGUUUGAAGACUUCCUUGCAGACUUUGGAACUUGGUAAAACCGAAGACCAGGGGAUGCAAUCUCCAGAUGCUCCAGAGCAGUUUUCAGAUAAUAAUUCAAGCAAGUCUCUUCCUCAAGAACAGAAGCCAUUUGAAGUUAAACCAGCACCUUUUGUGAGAAGUCGAUUCAAAAGACCAAAACCAAACUUAGCAAGAGCAACUUUAAAGAGAGAGACUACGGAAGCAGGAAAAUAUGUACCUGGGAAGAAAUUGGAAACGGAUAAAGCUGAGACUGUUGUGUUACAGCAGAGCAGUGGACAGAUGAACACUCUCCCUUCUCAACAUGAUGUUGCUUCCCUAAUGGCAGCAGGAGAAAAAGACAAAUCAGGUCACAGUCAGGAGGAGGUUGUGAUAUUACCAUGUAUACAGACUGAAAAGGACCUUUCACCUUCAAGUUCUUGUGGUCCUCAAGAGGAGUCUCAGCCUGUGCAAGCCCAGGAAAAGGAAUUAGUUGUUUCUAUGGGGGCUCAUAAUAUAAACAGUUCCCAGCAAGAAUCCAAGGAAAGUGUUGUCCCAACCAUUCGAACAGUAAGGGGCCGACUUCAAAAACCCAGACCAAACAUAAGAAAGACUGGACAGAGGCAUAUAGAAAAAGGUGAAGCCAAAGGCAUAGUUGAGGAAGAAAAAACAGUAGUACAGAAAGAUGAAACUAAAAAACUAUUGACUGUGCCAAAUUCUCCAGUUGGAACUGAAAUUGAAGUUGUAUCCUCCAAAGUUUCUGAAGGUAGACUACAUGAAAACCAGAGUCACAUGGUUCUCGUAGACUCUCUUCAUGUUAACAAAGUAAAUGUUUUAGAUGAAAAGAUGAGACCUGAACCUAAAAGGUAUGUUCCUAGUCCAACACAGUUGACAAGAAGGCAAUUCCAAAAGGCUAAGCCAAAUUUGGGAAGAGCACAUGGUAAGAACAAGGAACUAGGUAUAGAAAAAGACAGAACAGAUCAGAGUGAGGCAAGGAAGCCAGAAGAUAAUUUGCUGCAGCCAGGAGAUGAUACCCAGCUCCUUCAAAAAGAAAAGGCUGAGUUUCUGACAUCAUUGGAGGUUUCAGCAAGAAAAGAUUGUAUAGAUUCCAAAGAGGCUAUUUUGGCUAAAAAAGAUGCCCUUUCAGAAGUUGGACCAUCAGGAAGUGUUGGAGAAAAAACUAUAGUGGAUAAUUCUGUGUCUUCAGUUGUUGAAGAGCAGUGUGUCAGUAAACUAACAAGCCCUCCACAACUAUUGAAAGAAUCAAGUUACUCUAAAAUUGCUCUGGAUCGAAGAACAACGAUCUCUUCUGCUUCUGAGAACGAGGUGGAUCAUGGUGGAAGGAGAAUGCAUCGAAAGAUCAAACCAAAUGUCACUAGGGGCCGUGGAUCAAAACGAAUGCGAAGUAAGACCUCUAGGAAGGAACCUCGUGCUUCCAAGUCCACGCUGGUGACUCUUCGGGCUUCUCAGGAAGAAGAUGAAGAUGAUGCUGAAGAUUUUGAGCCUGAUUAUGAAGAAGACAGUUACCAUCUUGCUCCAGAAGAAGUAAACAAAGCUCCAGUGUUUGUUCCCAUUGGUCUCAGAUCUCCCGAACCUGUUACUGCUCAAAUUGAGGAAACGAUGGAAGAGCUUGAAAUAACUGUGAAUGCACCUGAUGUAGGAUGUAUAGCUGUUGUUGAGCAUCCAGUCUCCACAGAUGUGACUACUCAGCAAAUGAAACAAGAAGAAAAUUUGAAGGCAUUAUCUAUGGAAAUGACCACAGGUGAACAUACCCAAGAUGAAACAGGUACCAAUGAUGGAAGCACUGAAGCUGCUAUAACUUUACUUACAAUGGGAGAUCUAGUGUUGCAGUCAGAGAUUGGUACAGAACAGAGUGAUGUUGGAGUAUGUGUACUUCUUGAUGUUCAUUCAAAGGAUAAAAGCUGUGUUCCUUUUAGCCCAGAUAAUGUAAAUCACAAAAUUGUUCGUGAAUGUCAGGAGCUUUCUUCACCUGUCAGUAGUACAUCUCCUUCACCAUUAGAAGAAAACAAGAUUGUAUUGGAAGAGCAAAGUACUAAAGAAGAAAUUGGUUUAGUGGAGGAAGUAAAGGAAAAUGCUAUAUCAACCAGGAAUACAACCUCUGAUGUGACCAGUAAUUUGAGAAUGAGAAGUAGAUUUGCCAAGCCUAAGCCAAAUCUUAAGACUUUAAGGACCAGCAGGUUUGGCGUUCAUCAGGAAGUUCCCAAUUUGUUUGCAAGCCAAGGAGAAGUAGUAGAAAGUCAAAGAGAAACUGAGAAAAAUGGUUCUGAAGCAAUGGAGGAAUUACAAGAUAAAAAAUUUGAAUCACUUACAACAGCACUGAAUAAGGAGCAGAACAUCUUGGCAUGUGAACAUGGUAUUGAAGAGAUGACUAUUUCUCAAGAAGCAAACCUAACUGAAAGAAAUGAUGAUCAAGAAGAGGAAUCUCAAAAGGUUCAGUUAUCUUCAGUUGAUCCAAUUGUUUGCUCUGAAACAAAGCCCCAUACGCUUGGUUCAGAUAUGGGUCUCAGUGAGAUUUGUAUCAAAGAGCCCGAGAGAGAGGACUCUAAUGGAGACACUGUGCUUACACUUAAUGUGUCAGAGUGUACACCAAGUAGUAUGCCAGAAGUUCAACAGGAGAAUGUAAUCAAUUCUCAAGAUUUAACAGUGAAUCUAGUUGCUAACGUACAUCAAGGUGGUGAAGAUGAACAAGCAUUCAUUUUAACUCUGGUGGAAAUCCCAACCAAUGCCAUAGAAGAAUAUACUGAUACCACUGCCCAGUUAAUGCCAAACCCUUUACUGCCAGCGCCCAUAUUGAUCAAGUCCGUGAAUACAGAAGGAAGGAGUGACAUGAGUAUGAGUUUUCCAGUAACUUCAGUUGGUCAGGAUGCCAUGUGUAUAUCUGAUUCUGGAAGAGAGGAUUCUGAAAAGCUUCCUGCUAAUUUGGAUCUUAUAACUAGGAAGAGAUUUCAUUGUACGCUUGAUGAAAGUGACCAUGUUCCUCCUGCCAAAAAAAGUUCACUCACUUCAAGAGAUGAUUGUCAAAAUUAUACCUCUGAGAUGGAUGCUUACCAUUUGUCUUUGUUUUUUGAAGGGGAGUCUUACAAGGGACAAGAUACCUUCCCUACCUCAGGAAGCACACAUACAACUCCAGAACCUCAGAAAGAGCAACUUGAACCAACUUUGCAGUGUAUAGGAUCUCAGUCUCUUGAUGAAGUAAUAGACACGCAUGCAGAAACGAGUACACCUCAGUUACCUCAGAAUGAGAUGAUUGUCUCUGAUAAGGAAGAGGGAACUGGUGCUGCUUCAAAGUCUGAACAAAUGGGUAGCACCACAGCAGCUUCAAAAACCCCAUUAUCCAGACCUGGCAGAAGACCCCUGGGAUUUUUGUCUUUAAUAUGUUCAAAGAAUAGUUUGGAGUCUGAUGAACCUACUCAUGUUUAUAAUAAGAAACGCCUAAAGCCUUUUAUACCUACACUAAGACAGAAUUUGAAAAGAUCAAAUCCACUCAAUGAAAGCCAGAAAAAAACCCAAGAGUCCUCUGAUCUGCUUCCAUCUCCAAGUGUUGUUGUUAAUACCGAAUCUGAGAAUAUUGGCAGUUCACCAGCUCAGGUUUCUUGUGAUCGUCCCUUACCAAAAGAGGAAUGUAAAACUGGCCAAACCCGGGCACCUGAAGAGGGGCCAACCACAGUCUCUGAAUAUUUUUUUAGUGAUAUAUUUAUUGAAGUGGAUGAAACAUAA